CCCAAUCCCACUAAUGCCACCAGCUCAUGACGCUGGCCGAUCGCCCCAUGUCUUUCCUUGAUCGCAUUGAUAACAGCUUCACGGCCCACGAACAUCGGGUCCUUCUUAAAAGGCACCGUGGAGCACUGCUGGGCCUUCGGACGCGUCCGUGCUGCGAACGGCACCCAUUAGCCCACGAACAGAAACCAGAAGAGGUCACUCACUGAAUCGAGCCGCCACCACCGACGGCGCAUCCUUUGAGAACUGCCGCAGGUUGUCCAGUGCCAUUCGAUACGCGGCCGCGUUCCGCGCGUCGAAUUUGACGAUCGUCGAGUGAUCCGCAUACAGCGGCACCUUGUCCUGCCUUGGCGGACAGCAGUCGUGACCAGGCGGCUCUGUAUAUCGCUCCCAAGGACUUGGACCGAUACAUGAGUGAGAUCAAGAGUCCUACCGGCGGACGGCUGGCCCUUUCCAAUGAGAAUGGUAUCGGCUACACUAUUUACUCCCACACCGUUCCGGGAGUUCAAGGCAUUAUCGGUAGAGUUGAAGCCGAAAAGUAUGCCACCGAAGUGAACAACUGGAUUUACAAUAAGAUCAAAGAUCACCGGGAUCGACAAGGCGCCUUCGCUGCCCUGUCGAUGCAUGAUCCAAAACAGGCUGGUGAAGAACUCGAGCGCUGUGUCAAGAAACUCGGUUUCCACGGUGCGCUGCUGAACAACUGGCAGCACGCCGGAAAGGAUGGAGAGACUUAUCUUCUCUACGACCACCCUUCCUAUGACGUCUUCUGGCAAAAGUGUGUUGAACUUGAUGUCCCUGUUUACCUACACCCGGCCGCACCUUAUGGCAAAAUCCAUGAUACCUUCUUCAAGGAUCGCCGUUAUCUGAUCGGUCCCCCCAUUUCGUUUGCCCAGGAUGUUGCUCUACACACCAUGGGUUUGAUCACCAACUGUGUCUUUGACCGAAACCCAAAGCUGAAGUUGAUCGUCGGCCACCUAGGUGAGAGGAUGCCUCAAGACUUCUGGAGGACAGACCACUGGCUAGAGGAUGUUGAGCGUCCACUCGCUGAUUCUCGCGGCGACACUAUGUCCCGUAAGCCCAUUCUUCACUACUUCAAGAACAACAUCUACAUCACAACCUCCGGUCACUUCUCUACAGAGACUGUCAAGUUCGUUUGCGACUAUGUCGGUGCCGACCGCAUCUUGUUCUCCGUUGACUCGCCCUAUGAGAAAAUUGAAGUUGGCGCCGGCUGGUACGAUAAGGACGAGGCUAGAUUGACGAAGGCACUCGGCGGCCCCCAACAGUAUUUCGAUGUUAGUCGUGAAAAUGCUAAGAAGCUUUUCAAGUUGAGCAAGUACCAUGACUCCGAUGCUUAG